UCGUGGGGGGCGGGUCUGUGCAAAUGGAGCUUGUUGGUAUCGAUAAUACAUUUUAUUAGAUUAAAAAUUGUAUAAUAAAGAUUAAUUUAGCUAAAGCUGAAAUCACUACUGCACAUUAAAAUAACGACCCAAUAAGCCUACUGUCUAAAUAUUUCCACAGUGUGGAUUUUUUUUCACCCUCACGUGUUCAAUGUCAGCCAAUGGCCGAGAAGAAGACGCGAGAGAAAUAAUUACCUGUCACGACUGUAUCACUAAACACAAACAGACAUUGCACUCCAUAUUAAUCUGAAUGCAUGUUUAGGAGGCUGAGGACGUCGUCAUGUCGGCGAACUAUUUUGUGGAUUCACUGAUAAACAAUGAACCUCAAGAGGUGCUCAAGGCCAGCGCGCAUUUCUCAGACAUGUGUUCAUCGCCAUUUUUAUCAGCAGACUGUUCACACCUUUCUUCGUGCAGCUUUGCAUCCAAAAAUGCUGUCUUCGCGUCGUCGUGGGAUUCAAUAUAUUCACAAAAUUCUGUGUUUUAUGCCAAACAUCCGGGCAUUGGCGCAGACUCGAGGUUUUUACAGCCGUGGAUUGAACCUGCAGUGAGCAGUAGAAAUUACGAGGUGAAAUCUGGUGACUUCUCAGACAUGAGACAUAAAGGAAACUCGGGUUAUUUCUACAAACCAUCGACUCCUACAAAGACUCAGCAGAUCAACUCUCUUCCACUCAACUCCGGAAAGACUAAAGAAGACAAACCCGGGUUAGAUCCCAAUAACCCCGUGGUCAGUUGGAUAAAUGCAAAGUCAACAAGAAAGAAACGCUGUCCUUACACUAAAUAUCAAAUUUUAGAGCUGGAAAAGGAAUUUUUGUUCAACAUGUACCUGACCCGGGACCGUCGGUACGAAGUGGCACGCGACCUCAAUCUCACGGAGCGGCAGGUCAAAAUCUGGUUUCAAAAUCGACGCAUGAAAAUGAAGAAAAUGAACACGGAUAUGACUCAAGGCAACAAGUAGCACAUUUAUUAGCGACACAUUUUCUGGACAAAACUUCAAUUCUAUUGUAUAUUUUCCAGGGGAAAAUACUUAUUGUGAUAUGAUGUUAUCCAAAGUAGCAAAUGUAACAUAGCCUAAUAUUAGAUUAAAAAAGUGAAAACGUUUAAAGUCUGAAACAUGCAUAGUUUCUACAUUUGAACGCUGUAAUCUUUUUGUUGUUGAUUUUGUUAGCAGUAUUAUUCUCCUUCAGUUUGCCUUUUUUAUUACACAUUUACAAUAUGUCACUGAAAGAGCAUCUGUGUUACCUUAUAAAAUUAAGUAUUUCUUAUAUCGUUAACAAUUUUGUAUGAAAUAAACCAUUCUGCUGAUGACGAAAGCAAAUGGAGUAAAAGUGUUGGACGGACAGAACACCUGAAGUAUUCUGAUUAAAAAACAGCCGGGAUUUUGAUUAACAUCUUUUACUGUUCUCUUCUUCUUCUUCUUCUUCUUCUUUUUCUUCUACUCAAGCCCCUUUUAUAAGAAAUAUUUUCAAAUUACAAAAUAUAAGGGGAAGUUCAUUUUACACUGCCUUAUUAUUGUCUACCAAAAAAAAAUGGUUAUUUCAGAGUUGUUAUGAAUGUGAGCAGUUUUAUUGCCAUGCUGAAACUUAAGCUUCAUUAUUUUAUUUUAUGCUUACUAAUAUAAAAAACAAGGCACGUAUCGUGAACGUCUUCCGAUCUACGAAAUAUAAAACCAGGUUUUGAGCGCACAUAUGGGGAAAACGUUACUGAAUCCUACAUGUCAUAAGUUUUAGAAUCAGAUGUCUAUAUACAAAUAUAUAUGGCGAUUUCUAGACAGUUGAAGUUGUUGUUGUUUCUUUAAUUUUUUUCCAUCGAAGUAUAUGAGACGUUUUCUGGCCCAGAAAGACAACAAGGAGAAAUUUCCUUAUUUUUUCUAACAGCACCACAAACAAUAAUGACAGGAUGUGAGGAGAUUUUAAGGCUCAAUCUAGUCAGAGUCUUCCGUUCGCAGCAAUGCAGCUUUACGACCCUGAUUCGGAAGCGCUGUUUGUCUCGGGGGUCAAACAAAACAAAACGGAACUGGCUAGACGUCUGGCCUAAAUGACUUUAUUGUUUUUAUUGGAGGCGACGCUGAGGCUUGUUACAAAGGGGUUAUUACACUUGUUUUUGGUCCACGACAAACGCGUCCACCCUGUUUUUUCCUUCAUCACAGUCCUCAGUCAAUCGGAGAGGGGUUCGAAAUGCACGAAUUUCAGAUUUCAUCAAGGGUGAGUGUUUGCUAUUCUAUAACAUACAGGCUGUUUAUUUUGUACAUGAUGAAAUAAUACAAAAUACAAUUACACUUAGAACUAAGGUAGCUUUCUUCAAACAAUGAAAUAAUCCAAAUCCAUUACAGAUACAUUUUGUAGGAUACUGAAGAAUAUGGGUUUUAACAAUGUUUAAAGGAUAUUCUAUGUUUGGGGGCAAAAUUACAACUAGAACUAGUUCAGAUUAGCUCAGUCAAAAUAAUGUGUUGAAAUAAAGCAUCAUUAGAUAUCAACAAACCACAUUAAUAAAUGAUUAGGGAAACGGGGGGGGGAGUCAUUGGAGAAUAAAUUGACAUGAAAAUAAACAUUUUUCAAAAAGCAAGUAUUAAGAAAUGAAUGCUGGAAUCAAUAAAUUCACAAACACUUGUAUGUAUAUACAUGGCACAGGGAAAUAAAUGCCACUCUUAAAUGCUGUUCUGUGCAUCUAACAUGGACUCUAAAAAUGUAAAAUAGCGAUAUAAUAUGUCCAAAAAGUAAACAAACCCAACAGUUAUCUAAUAACAGGAAAAAAGACCGUUGCUGAGACUGUUGGAGUAGUAAAUAAAAUGACCACUAGAUGUCGCCGAUGAUCCAUCUUCAGACAAUUCGAGCGCCAAAAUGGUGGAGUAGUGCGAGCUGAUGGAGCCGUGUUUUGAUGCAUGGAAAGGACAGAAAUACGUCAAAAGUGCCCGAUUUUAAAUGUUUAUUGUAAGUAUUGUAACCAAAAUUAGUUUAACAAGACGCUUCG